AUGGCUUCGAGCAUUUGUGCACUGAUACUUGACUCUACAUCUGAAGAGGCUCUUCUAUAUCAUCCUAACUUUGGCCGUGGCAAUCUAAUUAGUCUGUCUCAUCUCAUCAUGAGAAGUUUGGCUAAAUGUGGUCAGGAUAUGGUGCCUGAUGAUGCUGAGGCAGAAGCAGAUCUUCAUGAGAUUGUUACCUCAGGUAGCUCAACUUGGGAAGUUCCUUUAAUUGUACAACGUUCAUUCUCUUUCAGAAAGGAAAUUCUCUGUAAAAGCGCCCUCCGGUCAAGGAAUUUGAUUGACUUUCAGCAUGAAAGAGCUAACCAGUUGGGCAGUGAAACUCUUCUAGCUGUUUCAUCCAGUCUUCAGAACGAGACAUCAAAUGACGCCUUCCAAACAGAUUACCGGGAUGCAAAUCAUUCAGAUAUGGUGCCUGAUGAUGCUGAGGCAGAAGCAGAUCUUCACGAGAUUGUUACCUCAGGAUAUUCUCGUUGGGCUGAUCGGUUUCCCCACAUCAAAGAGGCGGUGGAGAGAUAG